UAAAGGGUCAUUAUCAAACUUGCCACCUCCAUCCCUAAGCACUCCCUUCUACAGACUAACACAAACAAUUUUCCAUUUCGCUACACACUCGCACAUCGGUACAGACUAACGGUUGGAACACACCGGCGGUGAGCGGCGGCAUUGCUCUAAAGCGGCAUACAAACUCCAAGCGUCCCAUUCGUAGUUCAACCGUUGUGCACUCACCCUAGCCCUCGAUCUUAGAGGCACAAUUCUUUUUGCCAUACGGCCUAUAAAUACGCGAGGCGCUUUAUGUUCUUAAACAGUCUUUUUUUACCAACCGCACCGCGUGGAUCUAACACAAUGUUUGCAAAAGUGGUUGUUGUUGCGGCGGUCCUCGCGGUGGCGCGAUCAGCACCUAGAGAAGACAUGGGAUUGAAGAGUAUGCUGAGGAUAUAUGAAGAAUGCCAACGGACUGACGGGAUUGUUCCUUGCUUAAAAAAGAAGGCCAUAUUGUUCUUCGAUCGAGUGGCUAGGAUGGAAGCUAUUCCAGUUAUAGAUGGGAUUGAGGUUAUAAAAUCUUCGGAGCCUGAAGCAGCGCCUAUAAGUGAAAAGGAUAUUGAAGCAACGCUGCCGAGGAAUCUUCAGGAUAAGGAUGAGACUCUUUCAGAGAUGCUGUGGGACAGGAUUGCGUCCUUCGCCAAUUCAAGGACCAUUCAGCUGUCCCUCCCCAAAAUGACAGGAGAGGAGUUGAAUAGGGGCGUCGAAGAAGGACGAGGCAAGAUGAAGAAGAUGAUGGGGAUGAUGGCGAUGGGUUUCGCGAUGAAGAUGGCCGCCAUGGUUCCGCUGGCUAUUGCUGGACUCUUUAUCUUGGCUGGCAAGGCCCUCAUAGUCUCAAAGAUCGCCCUUCUCCUCUCAGGCAUCAUAGCUCUCAAGAAGAUCAUAGCACAGAAGAACAGCGGCGGUGGCGGCCAUGACAGUGGCUGGUCUUCGGGUGGCAGCAGCGGCGGGUGGGACCGUCGCUCCUAUAACGAUGUCUCAGAACUCGCGUACUCUGCCUACAAGAAAGAUUAAACCUUAUUACUGACACAUCUAAGUCUAAUUUCUAAUGUCACCUCAGUUUUGUUUAGUUUUAAUUUAUGGAUAAAGCCGUACGUCUCAGAAUUUGCCGGCGUACAAGAUUAAAUCUUAUCACUAUCACAUCUAAGUCUAAUUUCUAAUGUCACCUCAUUUUUGCUUAGUUUUAAUUUUUUAAUUUCAAGCCACGAUCUGUAAGCAAACCUGGCUUAUACUUUUUUUUUAAUUUUGCAAGUCAUGUGGUUCAUCUGUUUUAAGUUCGUGAUAUUUUUUUUAUUUUUUAUACCCACCUUUUGAAACAUGUGACUUGUUUUGUUGUAUUUAUUGUUUUCUUAAUUUUAAAAGUUGGGUACUAAUAGGUACUAAUUAGAAUUGUCCUUUUUAAAGGACAAUUUGGAAGUACUUUAUAUUUAAAGGUGUAUUUUUAAUGUACUUAUUUAUUUUAGACUUAAGGUUCGACUGCUCUGUGCCGGAAUACUCAUUUUAUAAUUUAUUUUUAAUUUGUGUCAUAUGUAAAAUUAUGAUUUAUUUUGAUUUACUGUAUAUAUUGAAAUGAUGUAUUUGAGUAAUUUUAUUAUUUUUAUUUAUUUAUUUUACAUAGUUAAUUUACUUGAAACUCACUUUA